CAACUCGCCGCAAGCUUGCAAGGAGUCUGCCGUCGGUCACCCAUCGCGACGGCUGCCCGGACCCCACGAGGCUGCCGCAACCAUGCGCCUCGCGCUGCUUCUGGCGCUGGCGGCGCCGGGCGCUGCCAUCACUGCACCCAAACAAGCACUGCCCCCAACCAGUGAGAAGCUUUUGAAGAAGCGAGGCGGCGCCGUCAAGCAACUGCCGAUCACGACCUGGCUCCCCGCACUUCGUAAAGAAGAUAUAUUGAAUGACGCUUUAGCUGGAUUAACGGUAGCAGCCAUGCUCAUUCCGCAGGGCAUGAGCUACGCGUCGAUAGCAGGCUUGAAUCCCAUCGUAGGACUCUAUUGCUACGUGCCCAUGUUGGUCUACGCUUGUUUGGCCGCGUCAUCAUUUGUCGUGAUCGGCCCGGUAGCACUAGUCUCAACAACUCUAGCCCCGAUGAUCGCUGGGGAAGAGUCAGAAGCCGCCAAACUCAUGGCAGCAUCAUCAUUGAUGUUCUGGUCCGGCAUCUCCACCUGCGUCUUAGGAUUGAGCGGCCUCGGCGGCCUUGUGGAACGCGUGCCGAAGGAUAUUUUGAGUGCCUUCGUCACGUGCUGCGCGUUUAAUAUCGCGGGGACACAAAUACCGUCCGUGCUCAAAGUCGCCAAGCCGCACGGGCAUACCCCUCUACAGAUAUUGGUAGGCGCUCUGCAGAACGCGCCGGAUUUUCACUCAUUCACAGCUGCGUUCUCAGCCUUGACCUUUGCAUUUCUCGUUGCGCUGAAACGACUACCUUUACAUACCAUGCUCAAUCUACCAAAAUCUGUACCAUCUUCCAUAUUUGGCUCGCUGGGCCCCUUCCUCGCGAUGGUGUUAGGUAUUGUCGCGAACCAAAAAUUCGACUUGUCGGGAAGAGGUCUAGCCGAGGUCGGCGUCGUGCCGUCGGGAUUACCUUCUAUCGUUUCUCCGCUAUCAAGGCCGCCACCAAACGUCAAGGACGCUUUGGUACUGUCAUUUGUCGCGCUCACAGAAACGCUCGCCAUGGGCAAGGCACUGGCCGAACGCGCUUCUCAAAAGCUCGACACGUCGCAGGAAAUUCUGGCCGUGGGCGCCGCGAACGUGGCAGGAUCAGCCUUCCAAUCGUACACCGUGGCCGGGUCGUUCUCCCGAAGUGCGGUCAACGUCGUGACGGGCGGUUCCUCGCAGCUGUCGUCGAUCGUGACGGCCGGGGCCGUUGUUUUGACGUUACUGUUCUUCACGGGAUGUUUUGAGAGGGUCCCGAAGGCGGUCUUGGGUUCGAUCUUGAUCUACGCCGUGUCCGGUUUAGUUGACGUGAAGCGGGUGAAGGCGCUGGCGUCGUCCGAUACAAAAGGAUUGGCGAAGUGGCUCGUCUUCUUCGGUUUGAUGAUGGCGCUCGGGCCGGCGGAGGGGCUCGUCGCGUCGGUCGCGGUGGACGCGGCGCUCGGGCUGGUCGGCUGAUUUUCGUCGCGCGUAACGUCUUUAACUUU